AUGGAUAAAUUCCGCAUGCUCUUCCAGCACUUCCAGUCCAGCUCCGAAUCAGUGAUGAACGGCAUCUGCCUGCUUCUGGCCGCGGUCACGGUCAAGCUGUACUCCUCCUUCGACUUCAACUGCCCCUGCCUGGUGCGCUACAAUGCCCUCUACGGCCUGGGCCUGCUGCUCACUCCCCCGCUCGCCCUCUUCCUCUGUGGCCUCCUGGCCAACCGGCAGUCCGUGGUGAUGGUUGAGGAGUGGCGCCGGCCCACGGGGCACCGGAGGAAGGACCCAGGCAUCAUCAGGUAUAUGUGCUCCUCUGUGCUGCAGAGAGCGCUGGCCGCCCCCCUAGUCUGGAUCCUCCUGGCCCUCCUAGAUGGAAAGUGCUUCGUGUGUGCCUUCAGCAGCUCUGUGGACCCCGAGAAGUUUUUAGACUUUGCCAACAUGACUCCCAGCCAGGUGCAGCUCUUUCUGGCCAAGGUGCCCUGCAAGGAGGAUGAGCUGGUCAGGGACAGCCCCGCUCGGAAGGCAGUAUCUCGCUACCUGCGGUGCCUGUCACAGGCCAUCGGCUGGAGCAUCACCCUGCUGCUGAUCGUCGUGGCUUUCCUGGCCCGCUGCUUGAGGCCCUGCUUCGACCAGACAGUCUUCCUGCAGCGCAGAUACUGGAGCAACUAUGUGGACCUGGAGCAGAAGCUCUUCGAUGAGACGUGCUGCGAGCAUGCGCGGGACUUUGCUCACCGCUGCGUGCUGCACUUCUUUGCCAGCAUGCAGAGUGAGAUGCGGGCCCGCGGGCUGCACCGGGACUCAGCCAGCCAAGACCCAGAGCCCCUGGAGAUGCCUGAGCCCCCCGAGGGCCUGGACGGCGGAAGCAGGAAGGCCCACCUGCGGGCAGUCUCCAGUAGGGAGCAGGUGAACCACCUCCUGAGCACCUGGUACUCCCGCAAACCACCACUUGACCUCCUGGCAUCCCCUGGGCUCUGGGGGGGUGGCCUGAGCCACCGCACCCCCACUGUGGCCCCAGGCACCAGGCUGUCCCAGCACACCGAUGUGUAA